AUGUUUGCCAAGCAUGCGCUGGCCUCUGUGUCGGCCUACGCCGCGCAUGCUCCGCAAGACAGGGAGGAGGGGGUGAUCGAACUUGAGGUGGCAGGCCUAGAUGGAGAAGGCUUCCGGGUCAGAGUGGUUCGGUCGAUGCGAGGCAGCGAGCUUCGAAAGCUCUUGAACGACCGCUUGCCACCGAAGGCCGGGGCCAGAAUCUGCUUGCAGAAAGGAUUUGAGAUGAUUUCUUUGCAGAAAAGCCUCAAGGAGCAAGGGAUUGAUGAAGAUGCGCGGAUCACUUAUGUAUAUAUGCCAGCCAGCUUGAGUGAAUCUUUUAGAUGUAUCUUGGGCUUGCCAGUGGAGGAUGAAGGACAUGCGAUGGAAGGGACCACACGUUUGGAAGGGAUGCGCACUCUGGAUCAACUACGAAAGCUUCCGAAUAGCCUUCAGAGCCUUAGCCUCAGUGGUGAAUUCAACCAGAAUUUAGAUCGAGUGACCUUGCCCAGCAACCUCCAGAGUUUGACAUUUGGCAGCGACUUCAACCAGAGCCUGGACAAGAUCAGUUUGCCCAGUGGCCUCCUGAACUUGACCUUUGGCAGUGGAUUUAACCAGACUUUGGAACGAGUGACUUUGCCCAUGAGCCUUCAAAGCCUGACUCUGAGCGGUGUAUUCAAUCAGAGUUUGGACAGAGUGACUUUGCCGCAAGGCCUCCAAAGCCUGACGUUUGGCUGGAAUUUCAACCGCAGCUUGCAAGAAGUGACGUUGCCCUUUAGCCUCCAGCAUCUGACGUUUGGCUGGGAUUUUGACCGCAGCUUGGAUGGAGUUACUUUGCCUGAGAGUCUGCAGAGCAUCACAUUUGGCGCUGGAUUCAAGAAGAGCUUAGAGAGGGUAGCUUUUCCCAGCAGCCUCAAGAGUCUUACACUGGGUGGAGGAUACAACCAGAGCUUGGAGAGAGUGGCUUUGCCGACUGGCUUACAGAGUCUGAAACUUGGCAGUUUCUUCAAUCAGUGCUUGAAAGCAGUGACCUUCCCAACCGAACUCCAAAGUUUGACUUUUGACAAUUGCUUCAACCAGAGUUUGGAGCAGGUAACUUUGCCCCCUAGGCUGCACCACUUGACAUUUGGCAGUGAAUACAACCAGAGUUUGGAGGGAGUGGUUUUGCCCAGCUCUAUGCAGAGCCUAACCUUCGGUUGGGAUUUCAACCGGAGUUUGGAGCGAGUGGCAUGGCCCUUCAACCUUCAGUUUCUAACAUUCGGCAAUGGAUUCAACCAGAGCCUGGAAGGAGUAAAUUUCCCCGACAACCUCAAGUCUUUCGUUCGGCAAUCGCUUUAA